GUACAGCAGCUGAUGGCAGCUUUCUCUGCCUCACACUGCUGUCUGGCUGCAUUCACACUGAUAUAUAACAGAGAAUAACAGCCAAUCACAGGAGGAGCAGCUGAUAUUUAGGAUGUGACAGGAGAAAUGAUGUAAAGGAUGAUCUGUGUUUCCUCUCCAGAUGAAGGUAGAAAGUGUGUGUGACUGAUGUGGAUGUGACUUCAGCAGCAUGGAUCAGAGUGAGGACAGAGAGGAGGGAGUCCCUCCCUCUAAACGCUCUCGGUGUGGGGAACAUGACAGCCAGACCAAAGCUCAGAGAAGAACAAGGAGGCAGCACAGACCAGACUCUGCUGAACCUGAACCUGAACCCAGCUGUGUGUCUAUGAAGAGUGAUUGGUCUAUGGAUCAUCCUUUUAACUUCAAAGAUGGACGCCACUCUGAUGAUCACAGGAGGAAGCUGGACCAACCUGAACCCAGCUGUGUGUCUAUGAAGAGCGAUCAGUCUAAGGGUCAUCCUUUGAUCUUCAAAGGUGGACACGACUCUGAUGAUCGCAGAGUGGACCAGGAGAGCUCAGAGGAUCCCAGUGGUCAGUCUGCCCAGCAGCAUCAAACACACCUGGACUCCACAUUUAUGCUGCUGGAGAAGAACAUCGUCACUUUUGUGAAGAACGAGCUGAAGAAGAUGCAGAAGCUUCUGAGUCCAAAUUACCCAGAAUGCUUAGAGAGUCAGAGGGAGGAUGAGGAGGUGUUGGACGGUGAGGAGGAAGAGCAGAGGAGGAGCAGCAGAGAUGCAUUUCUGAAGAUCACACUGCACUUCCUGAGGAGAAUGAAGCAGGAGGAGCUGGCUGACUGUCUGCAGAGCAGAACUCCUGCAGGUUGUCAGUCUAAACUCAAGUCUAACCUGCAGAAGAAGUUCCAGUGUGUGUUUGAGGGGAUUGCUAAAGCAGGAAACCCAACCCUUCUGAAUCAGAUCUACACACCGCUCUACAUCACAGAGGGAGGGACUGCAGAGGUCAAUGAUGAACAUGAGAUCAGACAGAUUGAAACAGCAUCCAGGAAACCAGUCAGACCAGAAACAACAAUCACACAUGAAGACAUCUUUAAAGCCUCACCUGGAAGAGAUGAACCAAUCAGAACAGUGAUGACAAAGGGAGUGGCUGGCAUUGGGAAAACAGUCUUAACACAGAAGUUCACUCUGGACUGGGCUGAAGACAAAGCCAACCAGGACAUACACUUCACAUUUCCAUUCACUUUCAGAGAGCUGAAUGUGCUGAAAGAGAAAAAGUACAGCUUGGUGGAACUUGUUCAUCACUUCUUUACUGAAACCAAAGAAGCAGGAAUCUGCAGGUUUGAAGAGUUCCAGGUUGUGUUCAUCUUUGACGGUCUGGAUGAGUGUCGACUUCCUCUGGACUUCCACAACAAUGAGAUCCUGACUGAUGUUACAGAGUCCACCUCAGUGGAUGUGCUGCUGACAAACCUCAUCAGGGGGAAACUUCUUCCCUCUGCUCGCCUCUGGAUAACCACACGACCUGCAGCAGCCAAUCAGAUCCCUCCUGAGUGUGUCAGCAUGGUGACAGAGAUCAGAGGGUUCAAUGACCCACAGAAGGAGGAGUACUUCAGUAAGAGAUUCAGAGAUAAGAAGCAGGCCAGCACCAUCAUCUCCCACAUCGAGACAUCACGAAGCCUCCACAUCAUGUGCCACAUCCCAGUCUUCUGCUGGAUCACUGCUACAGUUCUGGAGGAUGUGUUGAAAAGCAGAGAGAGAGGAGAGCUGCCCAAGACCCUGACUGAGAUGUACAUCCACUUCCUGGUGCUUCAGUCCAAACUGAAGAACAUCAAGUAUGAUGGAGGAGCUGAGACAGAUCCACACUGGAGUCCAGAGAACAGGAAGAUGAUUGAGUCUCUGGGAAAACUGGCUUUUGAGCAUCUUCAGAAAGGCAACCUGAUCUUCUAUGAAUCAGACCUGACAGAGUGUGGCAUCGAUAUCAGAGCAGCCUCAGUGUGCUCAGGAGUGUUCACACAGGUCUUUAAAGAGGAGAGAGGGCUAUACCAGGACAAGGUGUUCUGCUUUGUCCAUCUGAGUGUUCAGGAGUUUCUGGCUGCUCUUCAUGUCCAUCUGACAUUCAAGUCUGGAGUCAAUCUGCUGGCAGAAGAACAAACAACAUCCCUGAAAUCUGAAAGUAAACAAGAAUCUGCAGAGACACGUUUCUACCAGAGUGCUUUGGAUGAGGCCUUAAAGAGUCCAAAUGGACACCUGGACUUGUUCCUCCGCUUCCUCCUGGGUCUUUCACUGCAGACCAAUCAGAGUCUCCUACGAGGUCUGCUGACACAGACAGGAUGUUGCUCACAGACCAAUCAGGAUACAGUCAAGUACAUCAAGAAGAAGAUCAGUGAGAAUCUGUCUGCAGAGAGAAGCAUCAAUCUGUUCCACUGUCUGAAUGAACUGAAGGAUCGUUCUCUAGUGGAGGAGAUCCAACAGUACCUGAGAUCAGGAAGACUCUCCACAGAGAAAUUGUCUCCUGCUCAGUGGUCAGCUCUGGGCUUCAUCUUAUUGUCAUCAGAAAAAUAUCUGGACGUGUUUGACCUGAAGAAAUACUCUGCUUCAGAUGAGGCUCUUCUGAGGCUGCUGCCAGUGGUCAAAGUCUCCAACAAAGCUGUGCUGAGUGGCUGUAACCUCUCAGAGAGAAGCUGUGCAGCUCUGUCCUCAGUUCUCAGCUCCCAGUCCUCUAGUCUGAGAGAUCUGGACCUGAGUAACAACAAUCUGCAGGAUUCAGGAGUGAAGCAGCUUUCUGCUGGACUGGAGAGUCCACACUGUACACUGAAAACUCUCAGCCUGUCAGGAUGUCUGAUCACAGAGGAAGGCUGUGCUUCUCUGGCCUCAGCUCUGCGCUCCAACCCCUCCCAUCUGAGAGAGCUGGACCUGAGCUACAAUCAUCCAGGAGACUCAGGAGAGAAGAUCCUGUCUGCUGGACUGGACACUCUCAGCCUGCAGCCUGCUGGAGAACGAUGGUUGACACCAGGUCUGAGGAAGUAUUCCUGUGAACUCACACUGGAUCCAAACACAGCACACAGAAAACUCAAACUGUCUGACAACAACAGGAAGGUGACAUAUAUGAAGGAGGAUCAGUCAUAUCCUGAUCAUCCAGACAGAUUUGAUCACUGGCCUCAGCUGCUGUGUAGUAAUGAACUGACUGGUCGCUGUUACUGGGAGGUCGAAUGGAUAGGAAAUGUUCACAUAGCAUUGAGUUACAGAGGAAUCGGCAGGAAAGGAGACCGUGCUGACUGCGCGUUUGGACCGAAUGAUCAGUCCUGGUGUCUGGACUGCUCUGAUGAUUAUGGUUGCUCUGUCCGUCACAGAACCAGUUCAACAUCCAUCUCAGACUCCUCCUCCUCUGUCUCUCACAGAGUAGCAGUGUAUGUGGACUGUCCUGCUGGCACUCUGUCCUUCUACAGAGUCUCCUCUGACACACUGAUCCACCUCCACACCUUCAACACUACAUUCACUGAGCCUCUGUAUGUUGGGUUUGGGUUCAGGUUUGGUUGGUCUGACUCCUCAUUCCUCCUGUCAGAGAAACCUUCUAGUGUUAUUUAGUACCAACCUGAUCACUUACUGGUCGUAAAUACAGUUUCUAAACCCAACAUGGUUUCCACAUGAGUUACAGUUUGUUUAUCAGUAACAUAUAUCCACAUUUAAAAAAUCUCCAAAAAACAAAGCUGAUUUUGUGAGACCAGAUGUCUCAACCUGUCAGAGGACUGUUUGGAGAAAGUUUCCUGAAACAUCAAGUUGUGACAAAGGUUUUAAAAUGUUUUCUCUAUUUUAGUAUCUUAACUGUCCCCAAGCAAUGUAAUGCUGCUUAGUGUUAUGUGACAUGCCAUUUUGAGCUAAACUUUUGCUGGACACCCUGUUUAUAUUAAUCUCAUGUAGUUCACAGUGAAAGCGCAUCACAGAAAAGACAGAGCUGAUUCCUUUACUUAAAAUCAGGGGUUAUCUAUAUGAUACCUGAUCAUUUGACUCAAAAAAUGUAAAUGAAGUGGCAGCUGGCUGGAGGGGGAUUGCCAGUGAGCUUUAAGUUUCUAAUUAAGUUGCUGUUGAUUAUAUUAAUAUAGUUUUUAUGACUUGAUGUUUGAUGCAUUAUAUGUCUUUUUAUGGGUCUUGUAAUAUGGCCUUGAGUACUUUGAAAGGCGCCUAUAAAUAACAUUCAUUUUUAUUAUUAUAUUGUAUUUCCAAUAAAAAUAAUAUCAUAAUAUAAAAUGUGUGACUUCAGUUUAAAAAGUACAAAUAACAUGGA